UAAUUUUGAGAUAGAGAGAAAGAGAAAGUUCAUGUGAAAACUUGGCUUCCAAGAUCUCAACUUUGGAAAAGGUUGAAACCGCUGGUUCAAUCAUCCCUUCUAAGGAAGUUCUCGCCAUGGCUAGAGCUGGAGGGAUAACCAACGCAGUGAACGUCGGGAUUGCGGUUCAAGCAGACUGGGAGAAUCGAGAGUUCAUAUCAAGCAUUUCUCUUAAUGUUCGUCGUCUCUUCGACUUCCUUGUCCAAUUCGAAUCUACAACUAAGAGUAAAUUGGCAUCAUUGAAUGAGAAACUUGAUUUGUUAGAACGCCGUUUGGAAAUGCUUGAAGUUCAAGUGGGAACUGCAGCUUCUAACCCGUCUCUAUUCAAUUCAUGAUGGUUUGUGUGUACACUUUUGUUCCAUAUUGGUUAUCAGAUAUCUAUGUAAACAAAUUUUUAUUUGUUUUUUUCAAUGACAAUCACUUGUUUUUGAAUCAACUGUACUACUCUGUUGUGCAUUUAGAAACAUGAAACUUGACUGUUAUCCAUCUUUAAAUAUAUUGGUAUGUCUCAUUAUGUGCAAAA